CAUAAGACAAGGUCAUUCUUCAAGAGUGUUGUCAGCCAACUUCUUGUUCGAGCGGAAGAAGCAGCUAUCGAGUCGUCUGCUAACAAAGAGUUUAACGAACAGGAUGCACUAAGUUCUGUGUUGCUCUUUGUGGGUGAAGUGUUAUCCCGUGUUAGCCGUCGUGGAUCUACUGGCAUUUUAGUUGCUGAAUUGAUCCCUAUGAUCCGUAAUCACUUACAAAGAUGUGUAGCACCAGACUGUAAGACGAUAAUUCCUGACAUGAUCAAGCAUGUUCCUCAGUCUCGGUUUUGGUUCACUGUGAUUGAAGCAUUGAGAGAUCAGCAUUCUAUUGAAAGAUUGACUGAAGAGAUGUUGCGCCAACUUGCAUCACACCAUUUAAAUGAUGAAGAAGCGUACUGGAUUUUGUGGACUCUGUUUAAUCAGAGUAUCAUGCAUAUUGCUGUUAUGAGGGCAAUGUUUAUUGACAAAUUUUUGCUUUGGAAAACAUUUCCAUUAUGCUGCCUGAGAUGGAUUCUUCAUUAUGCUGUCUUUGAAUUCCCACCAAAUUCAGUCGCAGAAGCCCAAAUGCGAAGGACAUCAAACUUCCUGGUUACAUUGCAAUGUUUAGUUACUGUUUGGUCCAAGAAAGAGUUUGUUCAGUCAUAUUCAGUGGAGCAACAAGCUUAUAUCACUGCAGCAAUAGGGUUAUGUUUGGAGAACAUGUCAAAAGAAGAAUUAGAAAUGAAUAGAGAUGUAUUAAAUUGUAUUCUUCAAGGAGUAAGCUGUAGGUUAGAGAGCCCAAUUGAUUUAGUCCGGAAAAUGGCAAGUGCUGUUGCAUUGACAUUUUCUAAAGUCGUUGAUCCAAAAAAUCCUCUUUACCUUGAUGAUGACUGUUCUGAGAAUGUUGACUGGGAGUUCGGGGUUCUCUCUCCAAAGGAGAUCACAGCUCCUUCACAUGAUGUAGAAUUUGGAAGCAAAUCAAAACCAUGUCCACGUAAGAACAGGAAACAUGCUGGUGACAAAAAGGGAAAGACUAUCAAGCAUGAUAUUUCAGAUAACAGAGUAAAAAUCAUAGAGAUCAAGUCAAAACUAGAUUCUGAUGAAAUGUCUGGCGCUGCUAUAAAUUUUGAGGAACAUUAUGACGAGGAAAGCAUUAACAUUGAUGCUUCCAGUGAUUCAUCCCUGGAGCCGUAUGAUCUGUCAGAUGAUGACACUGAUUUGCAGAAGAAUUUCACACAUCUAAGUGAUCUUGCAGCUGCACUGCGAAAACCUGACGAUCUAGAUGGUGUUGAAAGCGCUCUUAGUUCUGCCGAAAAGCUUGUGAGGGCAUCACCUGAUGAGCUGCGCCACUGCUCGGGUGAUCUUGUUCAAGCACUGGUACAUGUUCGUUGUUCUGAUGUCGCGAUGGAAGGCGAGGAAGAUUCUGCUGAAGAAAAGCGACAGAAGGCAUUAGUCGCUUUGCUGGUAACCAGCCCAUUUGAAUCAUUAGAUGUUCUUACCAAAUUGCUAUAUUCAUCGAGUGUGGAUAUAAGUCAGCGUAUUUUAGUUAUUGAUGUUAUGACUGAGGCAGCACAGGAACUUGCUGAAACUAAAAUUGUAAAGAGUGAACAGCGGCAUGGGAACUUGAUAUCUGAUACUUCUCCGUCUUGGCUGGUUCCUAGGGAGAGCGGACCUGUUGGGGCAAGCCCUUGGAGAGAGGUAUCAGAAACAGGAUCACUUUUGAAAAAUUGGUCACACCGGUAUGAAAGAGAAGUUCCAUCUAGACCAGGCCAGGUUAAAUCAGGAAAAUCUCGCAAAUGGGGUCUUGGGAAAGCAAAAGAUUCGCAGGUGGAGCGGUCAAAAAACAGAUUUCCUUUGUAUGCUGCUGCAUUUAUGCUCCCGGUUAUGGAAGGAUAUGACAAGAGAAGACAUGGGGUGGACUUGCUCAAUCGGGAUUUUGUUGUCCUAGGUAAAUUGAUAUACAUGCUUGGUGUCUGUAUGAAGUGCAUGGCAAUGCAUCCGGAAGCAUCAGCCAUUGCCCCAGCUUUUCUGGAUAUGAUAAGAGCCAGGGAGGUCUCGCAACAUGCUGAAGCAUAUGUGCGAAGGUCUGUGUUGUUUGCAGCUUCUUGUGUAUUGAUAGCCUUGCACCCGUCAUAUGUUGCAUCAGUUCUUAUAGAAGGCAACCAGGACAUUUCUACUGGUUUAGAAUGGAUACGUACAUGGGCCUUGCGUAUUGCUGAAGCUGAUCCUGAUACAGAGUGCACAUCGGUGAGUAGAACAAUCAUUUUUAUUUUUCGGUCAUAAAUAUCAGCUCUAAAUACCUAUUGUACGCCUUCUAUACAGCCUGAGGAGUUAAUAUGAAAUAGUUGAUCGUCAGUGGGUAGGAUGUAUGGUUUUAUUGUCACUAAAAUUCACAGUUCUUAGUUGCUAAGUAGCUAACCAUCUUUUAUGCUCAUUGGGCGACUAUUCUCUCAGUGUUUUGUAAAGAGAAACGAAUUGCUAAGAUGUUGGAUA